AUGAAUUCCUACAAGAGAGUCGCAACCAACAACUUUUCCCAGCAAAGAGGAUCAAGAAGAAGGGCUUUCCCAGUUGCAAGAAGGCUAUCAACAGCAACGAGAAUUUGUUUCCAAAAGGACUCACCAACAGGAAAUAAUAGAAACUGCAACAAAAUGAAUAUUCUCAACGACGAAGAUUUACGAGAGGCUUUAUACAAGGAAGACCACAAACAGCAACAGAAGAGCUUUCCACUUGCAAGAACCCCAACAGCAAACAGAAGAGCUUUCCCAGUUGCAAGAAAACACACCAAAAAGCAACAAGAAGAGCUUUUCAGUUGCAAGAAGACUACCAACAGCAACAAGAAGAGCUUUCCCAGUUGCAAGACGACCCACCAACAGCAACAAGAAGAGCUUUCCCAGUUGCAAGAAGACUACCAACAGCAACAAGAAGAGCUUUUCCAGUUGCAAGAAGGACACCAACAGCAACAAGAAGAGCUUUUGGCAAAGAAGACAGUUGCAAGAAGACUUUUCCCAGUUGCAAAAAGACAACAAGAACCAAGAGAGUUCCCCAGUUGCAAGAAGACUACCAACAGCAACAAGAAGAGCUUUCCCAGUUGCAAGAAGACUACCAACAGCAACAAGAAGAAUCUUCUCAUAUCCAACAAGGCUCUCCAACAGGAAAUAGAACAGCAAGAAAUUAGUAUUCUAAACUACCAGAGAUUUAUGAGCAGCAAGAAAAAGACCUCUCCAAUUACAGGAAGACACCAACAACAGUUACUAGAUUAUCAACAACAAAAUGUGAUAUUAGAGCAAAUUCAAAAAGAACUUGACGAACUAAGCAAGAAGAAAUGGAAGUCCCUACAAAGAAAGAUUACUUCUAUAAAAACAAGCUGGAAA